AUGGUCUCUGGCGAGGCGCUGCUCACUCAACUGUCGCUUCUUUUCCAGCAAGACCCGCUCAUUGAUGAAAUCGGACUGCUCUUUGGCCUCGAACCAAGUGACUUGAUGACUGAUUCGGCUUUUGUCCUGGAAAACCACAAACUUGGCGUGGCUUUUGCCGCUGGACUCGCGCUCUUUCAAGCUGCUCGCACGCAGUUUCAUCCGUUAAAUGAUCUUUUGCGACAAGAAGCGGUCCAAAUGACGCAAAUCGAAGCCCAAGGACAGCGAGAACGAGCCCAAUUGCUGUAUUGUACACGAGCUAUUCUCCUUGUGAGUGCCGACUUUUACACGGCGUGGAACACUCGGAAGUCGUUCGUGACGCGAGGAUGGCUGGACGCUCAGGAUGACAUGCAGUUUACUAAUUUGAUCUUUACACUGCACCCCAAGAGCAUUGAUACGUGGGCUCAUCGACGUUGGCUGGCUACGCGUUUGUGCUCAGCAUUAUCUUUAGAUGAUCUGCAGGAGUUUUACAAGCAACAGAUCGAGGAUUCUAGUCGACUAGCAGAUCAGAAGGCACGGAAUUACCAUGCAUGGAGCUAUCGUCACUGGAUUGUCUCGCGACUCCCGAUAGUUUUGACGGCCGAAGAACUGGAAAGGAUGGAAUAUUGGUGUCGAACGCACGUGUCCGAUCACUCGGGAUGGAACCAUCGACAACACACGCUCGACCAGCUGGUCAAUCAAAGCCAGAAUGCGAGGGAUGAAAGUAGUUCUUCAAAGACUAUGAUUUUUCUGGCCGAGUUCAAGUUCGUUUCGGAUGUCAUGGCAUCCUAUCCGACGCACGAAGCGCUAUGGUGCCAUCGACGCUACGUGAUGCAGCGUUUGCUAGAGCAAACGUCUCGAGAAGAAAUGACAGAUCCGUCUUCAUUGCUCGUGCACAUCUCUCAAGUGACAGGAAGUUUCUUGGAUGCCGAGCUAGGCUCACCAGAUGCUGCAACACUGCGAUCGUCAUGGGAUGAAACUUUGAAGAUGUUGAGCAGUGGACGAGUUCAAUGCUCUUCCAUUGCUCACGCGAUGCUGUGUGAGAUUGAUACUGCAUGGAAGUGCCAAAAUUUGUUUUCUCGGCGAUAUGCUGCUUGGUGCCUCGCACGACUUCGAGCAUUCUUGCGAGGAAGACAAAUGGUCGUAGACAAGGUUGCACACGAAGCGUUGACGCACGAGCUCAGCUUGAUGGUAUCUGGCUUACACAAACGAUUGGCACACGAAGACAGCACGCUAGAGCAUCUGUGGCACCAUUUGAAAUAA